AUGAAUUCGCUAGUGUUUUCAGAGGAUGAAAGAGCAGACUCCAUCUGGUCUCCUCCGAGUGAUGAUUGCUACUGGUUCAACUCGAUUCAGACCAACUUAACUCGGACUAACUCGGAGUUGCGAUUCGAGAAGUUCAUGGAGGAGUUCUCGGCCACAACUUCGGCUGCAGAGCAGGCCUAUAAUCCGCCAGUGAUAGACAUAGAUUCUGAUUCUGAAGAGUGGGAGGAAGCGGUAAAGUUUGCUGAUGGGUGCUUGGUUUCGGACCCAGAUGAGGACAUGAUCACUGACGAGUCCAACUCCGAUGUCAAUAGCAUGUUGUCAAUGUCCAAAGAGCUCGUUCUUCCACCGUUGGAUCUUCCUCCUCUGCGAGGAUAUCUUAUAAACCAGCUCCAACGCGCUUGCGCCUCUGUUGCUCAAAGGUGGCAGAGGUCAAAGCCUCCAACUACUAAUGGUAGUGGUCGUGAUUUCCCUAUGGCACAAAGUCAGGUUUAUGGAGCACCACAUGAAAUUCCAGCAUUACCUCCUUUGCAGAGAAGAUCAGGAGCUCAAGUCAAACAAGCAGCUUGUGGAUCUUCCAGAGAUGAGGCAAGACAUGUUAGGAGGUAA